GAACAGGAAGUAGUAGGUCUGUUAUUCCACAGGGGACACAAAACCGCCGAGAGUACAACCUGUCGAAAUGAGCGUCGGACUGGAUAUCAGACUCAAGCGAGCAAAUAAAGUGUAUCAUGAAGGGGAGGUAUUGGCAGGUGUGGUGGUCAUCAGCAGCAAGGAAGCAGUGCAGCACCAGGGCAUCUCCCUGACCAUGGAGGGUUUGGUGAACCUACAGCUCAGCUCCAAGAGUGUAGGUGUGUUCGAGGCCUUCUACAACUCCGUCAAGCCCAUCCAGCUUAUCACCAGCAACAUCGAGGUGGUGAAGCCAGGAAAGGUCCCAGGGGGCAAGACAGAAAUCCCUUUUGAGUUCCCACUGCAUGCAAAGGGCAACAAAGUGCUGUACGAGACCUACCAUGGUGUCUUUGUCAACAUCCAGUAUACCCUGCGCUGUGAUAUGAAGCGCUCUCUACUGGCCAAAGAUCUGAGCAAGACCUGUGAGUUCAUGGUCCACUGUCAGCCACAGAAAGGAAGGUUGCAGCCAAGUCCAGUAGACUUCAGCAUCACACCCGAGACGCUGCAGAACAUUAGAGAGAGGGUCUCCCUGCCCAAGUUCCUGAUCCGCGGCCAUCUCGAUGCCACCAGCUGCGUGAUCACGCAGCCCCUGACCGGCGAGUUGGUGGUGGAGAACUCAGAGGUGCCCAUCAAGAGCAUCGAACUGCAGCUGGUCCGAGUGGAGACAUGUGGCUGUGCAGAAGGCUAUGCGAGGGAUGCCACCGAGAUCCAGAACAUUCAAAUAGCAGAGGGAGAUGUGUGCCAUGGCCUGCCUAUUCCCAUCUAUAUGAUCUUCCCCAGACUCUUCACCUGCCCAACCCUCGAGACCACCAACUUCAAAAUUGAAUUUGAAGUGAAUGUAGUGAUAGUUCUACAAGAUGACCACCUGAUCACAGAGAACUUCCCUCUCAAACUCUGCCGGGUCUGAACACCCACCAACGCCAUGGAGUCUGGCAUCUAAAUGCGCUGGAGUGAUUCCUGGUGGAAACCCACUAUCUCCAGCAUUGGAGAUGAUGUGUGAAAGCCUACAGUCAGGAGGGAGGAU